AUACCAAAGCAAUAAAACCAUUUCUAACGCAACAAUAAUAUAAAUAAACAACUAAAAUUAUUAUUUCUAUAAACAUAAAACAACAAUAAUAACAACUAGAACAAAUCGUCUACACGUUCAUGUGCGAUUUGAACGUGUGAAUGUUGGCAGCCCUGGAGCCCUGCCUCGGUGGUUUAGCCUGUACUAGGGGAUGUCGGGGUGUGAUCAGAGCACUGUCGAAUCAUUGGCCGAUGAUCCAACAGAUUCACCAUUCGAUGCCGAUGAUUGUCUCAAAGUUCGCAAAUAUUGGUGUUUUCUGCUAUCCAGCAUAUUCACAUUCCUUGCUGGCCUGCUCAUUGUAUUAUUAUGGCGAGCGUUUGCAUUCAUCUGCUGCCGCAAGGAGCCGGACCUGGGACCCAACGAUCCCAAACAAAAGGAGCAGAAGGCGUCACGCAACAAACAAGAGUUCGAGGGAACAUUUAUGACAGAAGCAAAAGACUGGGCUGGAGAGCUUAUCUCGGGUCAAACAACAACUGGUCGAAUUUUGGUCGUACUCGUAUUUAUACUCAGCAUUGCAUCUCUCAUUAUAUAUUUUGUUGAUGCAUCUAGCGAAGAAGUUGAAAGAUGCCAAAAAUGGAGUAAUAACAUUACUCAACAGAUCGAUCUCGCAUUCAAUAUAUUUUUUAUGGUUUACUUUUUUAUACGAUUCAUAGCGGCGUCCGAUAAGCUUUGGUUUAUGUUAGAAAUGUACAGUUUUGUAGAUUAUUUUACAAUACCCCCGUCCUUCGUAUCAAUAUAUUUAGAUCGAACAUGGAUCGGUCUUCGAUUUCUUCGAGCGCUACGUCUCAUGACUGUUCCAGAUAUUUUACAAUAUUUAAACGUACUAAAAACAUCGAGCUCAAUACGUUUGGCUCAACUAGUAUCAAUUUUUAUAUCCGUGUGGUUAACAGCAGCGGGCAUUAUACAUCUGCUGGAGAACUCUGGCGAUCCGCUGGAUUUUAAUAAUGCUCAUCGUUUAUCUUAUUGGACCUGUGUCUAUUUCCUAAUUGUGACCAUGUCAACGGUAGGAUAUGGUGACGUUUACUGUGAGACUGUCUUGGGAAGAACAUUUCUCGUGUUCUUUCUGCUCGUCGGCUUGGCAAUGUUUGCCAGCAGUAUACCGGAAAUAAUUGAACUCGUUGGUAGUGGCAAUAAAUAUGGCGGUGAACUGAAAAGAGAACACGGAAAGAGACAUAUUGUGGUAUGCGGUCAUAUAACAUACGAGUCCGUGUCGCAUUUCCUGAAGGACUUUCUACACGAAGAUCGUGAGGACGUCGAUGUCGAAGUAGUCUUUUUACAUCGUAAACCACCCGAUUUGGAACUUGAGGGUUUGUUCAAACGUCAUUUUACCACCGUGGAGUUCUUCCAAGGAACCAUUAUGAAUCCGAUUGAUCUGCAAAGGGUUAAGGUACACGAAGCCGACGCCUGCCUGGUGCUAGCUAACAAAUAUUGCCAAGAUCCCGACGCAGAAGAUGCUGCCAACAUAAUGAGAGUCAUUUCGAUUAAGAACUACAGCGAUGACAUACGUGUCAUCAUACAGUUGAUGCAAUACCACAAUAAGGCGUACUUGCUGAACAUCCCAUCGUGGGACUGGAAACAAGGUGACGAUGUCAUUUGCCUGGCCGAGCUGAAGUUGGGUUUCAUAGCGCAGAGCUGUUUAGCGCCCGGCUUUUCCACAAUGAUGGCCAAUCUGUUUGCCAUGCGUUCUUUCAAGACGUCGCCAGAAAUGCAAUCUUGGACUAAUGAUUACCUGCGCGGCACUGGCAUGGAAAUGUACACAGAAACAUUGAGUCCCACAUUUAUUGGAAUACCAUUUGCUCAGGCCACUGAACUGUGUUUCUCCAAGCUCAAGCUGCUGCUGCUUGCUAUCGAGAUCAAAGGCGCCGAGGAGGGUGCAGACAGUAAAAUAUCCAUAAAUCCGCGUGGCGCCAAGAUUCAGGCAAACACGCAGGGCUUUUUCAUAGCACAAAGCGCCGAUGAGGUCAAGCGUGCGUGGUUCUACUGCAAGGCUUGCCACGAGGACAUCAAGGAUGAGACCCUCAUCAAGAAGUGCAAGUGCAAAAACUUGGCCACCUUCCGGAAAGGCGUCCGAGCCGUACAAAUGGUUGGGCGUGCAAAAGACGAUGAAUACUCGUUGUCAAAUGAACACCAUCCUGCACCCACAUUUACGCCACCAGAGCUACCCAAACGGGUGCAUGUGCGUGGAUCUGUAUCGGGUGAUAUAACACGUGACAGAGAAGAUACGAAUCUACUCAAUCGGAAUGUGCGACGCCCGAACGGAACUGGCAACGGCACAGGUGGCAUGCAUCACAUGAACAAUACAGCCGCAGCUGCAGCGGCCGCUGCUGCAGCGGGCAAGCAGGUGAACAAGGUAAAGCCCACGGUGAACGUAAGCCGCCAGGUGGAGGGCCAGGUUAUAUCGCCGUCGCAGUACAACAGGCCACCAGAAAAUGAUGCUAACCCUUAUGCGGGCUAUCAACUUGCUUACGAAGUUAAAAAGCUCAUGCCAACGAGUCGAAGCUCCGGCACCGGCACACAGAAUCAAAACGGCGGCGUCUCCUUGCCCGCAGGCAUUGCGGACGAUCAGUCCAAGGACUUUGAUUUUGAAAAGACCGAAAUGAAGUACGACUCGACGGGCAUGUUUCAUUGGAGUCCGGCGAAGAGCUUAGAAGACUGCAUACUGGAUCGCAAUCAGGCGGCCAUGACGGUGCUAAAUGGUCAUGUGGUCGUUUGCCUGUUCGCCGAUCCGGAUUCACCUCUAAUUGGGUUAAGAAAUCUGGUAAUGCCGCUGCGUGCAUCUAAUUUUCAUUACCACGAGCUGAAGCAUGUGGUAAUUGUGGGCUCCGUCGAUUAUAUACGACGCGAGUGGAAAAUGCUACAGAAUCUGCCUAAGAUUUCGGUGCUUAACGGAUCGCCGCUGAGUCGAGCCGAUCUGCGGGCGGUCAACGUCAACCUGUGUGAUAUGUGCUGCAUAUUGUCUGCAAAAGUUCCUAGUAACGACGAUCCAACACUGGCCGACAAGGAGGCCAUUCUAGCCUCGCUCAACAUCAAGGCAAUGACCUUUGACGACACCAUUGGCGUGCUGAGCCAACGCGGACCGGAGUUCGACAAUCUGAGCGCGACCGCUGGCAGCCCAAUUGUGCUGCAGCGUCGCGGCUCAGUUUAUGGCGCCAAUGUGCCCAUGAUAACAGAACUGGUCAAUGAUAGUAACGUGCAGUUUCUCGAUCAAGACGACGAUGAUGAUCCAGAUACAGAACUAUAUCUAACGCAGCCGUUCGCCUGCGGCACUGCGUUCGCUGUGAGUGUGUUAGACUCGCUGAUGUCCACGACAUACUUCAAUCAAAAUGCCUUAACACUAAUCCGAUCGCUGAUCACGGGCGGCGCCACACCCGAAUUGGAAUUGAUUCUGGCGGAGGGCGCUGGCUUGCGGGGCGGCUAUAGUACCAUCGACAGUCUGAGCAAUCGCGACAGAUGUCGCGUGGGACAAAUUUCGUUGUAUGAUGGGCCGUUGGCGCAGUUCGGCGAAUGCGGAAAGUAUGGCGACUUGUUCGUCGCCGCACUCAAGUCGUAUGGGAUGCUGUGCAUAGGACUGUAUCGGUUUAGGGACACCAGUUCUAGCUGUGAUGCGAGCAGCAAGCGUUAUGUCAUAACCAACCCACCCGAUGACUUCUCAUUACUGCCAACAGAUCAGGUAUUCGUUUUAAUGCAAUUCGAUCCGGGCUUGGAGUACAAGCCGCCCGCAGUGCGUGCGCCCGCUGGCGGUCGCGGCACCAACACACAAGGCUCCGGGGUCGGUGGGGGCGGCUCCAACAAGGAUGAUAACUCUUGAUUGUUACUGUGUAGCGCCUUAACUGAUGGUCCUUAUUCGUACAUUUGAACGAUGGAGAAGUUAAUUGUGUACAGAGCAGCGCAUUUAUGGCAAACAUAUUGGCACAAGAUUUGGCUCAAGCGGCGCAAUAAGCGCAUUCAAGUAUAGGCAUAGGCAAUAGGUAUAAUAUGUAUAAACUCUAACAAUAUACAACUUACGCACACCUACUGUGUACCACCCGUGUACACCUGUGUAAAUACUGUGUACCUAUGAAAAAUGUAACUAAAUCAAAAGUUAGGCCAAUCGGCGUAAGUUAGGUAAAAAUUUGAAAAUGCGUGCCAUAAAUGCGUUACUCUGUGCUUUUAUAUUUGUAGAGACACCGUAACAGAGUGAUUAGUCCAUCCUGUUUAACGAUCAAGGAUAACCACGUAACCACAGGGUCGACCAGCAGAGUGGGUCGGAAGUUCGCGGCAACGUAAGAUGUCUCUACAAACAUAAAAGCCACAAAUGUAUUAAAGAAAGAACAACAUCUUUGAUAUCCAUCGUUCAAUUGUCAGCUGAUUGCUUCCCACACCAUUCCGUAUGCCUUUUAGAACCUUGAAAUUGACAUUUUACCUAUAAUUUUGUAUCUUUACGUAUAUCUAUCCCAAUUUAUUGUAUUUUC